CUUCAAGUAGCUAUAAAUGUCACAGUUGACAAAUCCACUGUCUUUGCUUUCCCUUCACUGCUCACUUCUUCUCUCUUUCUUGUUUCCUCCAUUGCAAACAAAGCUUUCUCCCACUAAACCAUUUUUCACCAAAGUUUUUUUCUUCUGUUCCCCAUUAACCCAUUACUGUGUAACUCUAUAUACACACACACACACACUUCCUUGCUAUAUUAAUAUUUUUUUUGGCUUUUAACCAUAACCCUGAAUCAAGUUCCUUGUGGGUAAAUUAAUUUUAGCUCAAACUCUACAAUUCAUUAUUGGUACAUCUCUGCCAAUUAAUUUACUGUUGUUUGCUUCAGAAACAGAUUAAAAAAACGGAGCCUUUUCUUUUUCCAUUGUUUCAUCUGUUCUGUUCUAAGAUGAAGACAAAUCUAAAGGACAAAGCUUUAGUCUCUCUCCCAACAUACUAACUAAGGUGAUUAUAGUGAAGUUGUAAGAGAAGCAUACAGGACCAGAGAUGCCACCUGAGAGUUCUUUAAACGCUGAAAUGUCCAAGAAGAUAUCAUUUUUUGGUUUGAAGGGUUUGAAGUUGUGGGUAUGGGUAUGUUUGGUAGUUGGAGUAUUCAUAGUUAUGAUUCUCUGCAUCUUGUCUCUAUGGAUCACAUUCCGUCGGAAAUCUAGAAGGUCUUCAAGCAAGUUUCCUUUCAACCAAAUACCACAUGUGUCCAAAGAUAUCAGAGUCGACAGGGCUGGGUUUCAGAAUCCUCACCCCGAAAGUUUAUAUAUAGAAAUGAAUGAUAAAUCCACUGGAAAAACGAUGAUGUCUCACUUGGGAAGAACCAAGUCUAGUGAUAAUGACACUUUGAGUCAAUGUAGCUCUGUGAAUCACCAUGAGAGAGCUUGUAGUUCUCAUUCUGGUGAAGAAGGAGGCUUUGGAAGUGCUGGGAGACAGUAUGGAGGAGGACCUGUAACAGCAUCUCCUUUGGUUGGUUUACCAGAAAUAUCCCAUCUUGGUUGGGGACACUGGUUUACUCUUAGGGAUCUUGAGCUAGCAACCAACCGUUUUGCUCCAGUGAAUGUGCUUGGAGAGGGUGGUUAUGGAGUAGUUUAUAGGGGUAAACUUGUUAAUGGUACCGAGGUUGCUGUAAAGAAGCUUCUGAACAAUCUAGGGCAAGCUGAGAAGGAAUUUCGGGUAGAAGUUGAGGCUAUUGGUCAUGUACGGCACAAGAAUCUUGUUAGGCUUUUAGGAUAUUGCAUAGAGGGAGUUCAUCGGAUGCUUGUUUAUGAGUAUGUUAAUAGUGGUAACUUAGAACAAUGGCUACAUGGAGCAAUGCGGCAACAUGGAAAUCUCACUUGGGAAGCACGGAUGAAAAUCAUUACUGGUACUGCACAAGCGCUUGCUUACUUGCAUGAAGCAAUAGAACCAAAAGUGGUCCACAGAGACAUAAAAGCAAGUAAUAUAUUGAUUGAUGAUGAGUUUAAUGCAAAACUCUCUGACUUUGGGUUAGCCAAGCUCUUGGACUCGGGUGAGAGUCACAUCACUACCAGAGUCAUGGGUACCUUUGGGUAAAGUCCAAAACUUUGUACCCUCCUCAGGCCAUUAAGGUUAUUAUUAUCUUCUCAGAUGAUGUCCUUACAAAGAAAUCAUUGAUGUUGUUUUUGUUAUUGUUUUCAGAUAUGUAGCACCAGAAUAUGCUAAUACAGGUCUUUUAAACGAAAAGAGUGAUAUAUAUAGCUUUGGUGUCUUGCUUCUUGAAGCUAUAACUGGUCGAGAUCCAGUUGAUUAUGGUCGUCCUGCUAAUGAGGUGAAUCUUGUUGAAUGGCUAAAGAUGAUGGUUGGAACAAGAAGAGCAGAAGAAGUUGUGGAUCCAAGACUUGAACCUAGACCUAGUAAAAGUGCUUUGAAACGUGCACUCUUGGUUUCCCUUAGAUGUGUUGAUCCUGAAGCAGAGAAACGUCCUAGAAUGAGUCAGGUUGCGCGCAUGCUUGAAUCUGAUGAACACCCUUUUCACAAGGAGAGGAGGAACAAAAGGAGCAAAACCGCGGGCAUGGAGAUUGUUGAGACCAAAGACGAAUCUCUUGGUCCUAGUGGCUCAGAGACAAAGCCUUAGAAGAAUUGUGAAUAACAAAUAGAUGAGAUGCAAAUGCCAUUAGACCCGGCUCAGUAGCAUCUUCAAAGUCUUGAAAUGCUCUGUUUCUCUACUUAGCAACUAAUUGAUUGAUGAUACCACACGUUUGGUUGUGGAAAGUUGGGGACAAAGAAGAAAUCUCACUCGGAUGAUCAAAAGAGCCUGUGGAGUGAUGAUGACUGAUACAAAUCUUAGGAGGCAUUAUUAUUUUUUUAAUAUUUAUAUUUUUUUUUGGCUAAUUGUUCCUGUCUUCUUGUCUGUACGGAACGUUUGCGGUUUGUCAGUCAAAAACACGUGUUUAAGAUUUCGCAAGAAAGAGAGAUGUCUUUUGUAGUAGUAAAUCUAAUCAAUGAAUAAAUGACGUAAGCAGAAACAGAGUAUAAGGACAAAAGAAAGAGACAAAAUAAAGUUCAACUAUAAUGGCUAUUG